GUUUUUGUUUUAAAAAGCAAUGUUUUUGAUGUAACCGCUGGCAUGGACACCCCAGAAGCCAUGGAGGAGCUCGCCAGCGUGUCCUUCGGCGACUUUGAACCAAAGUCCGCCGAGGGGGACGUGUCCUGCUACCAGAACUUCCGGUCGCAGGCCAAACAUGACAUCUCGCUGGACCUUUCGCUCGGCCAGAAGGCGGAGAACCUGUUCGCCGCCGACCAGACGCCCACGCCCACGCGCCUGAUCAAGAACUGCGACGAGGUGGGCCUCUUCGACGACCUGCAGCACGUGAAUCCCUUCGACAUCGGCUUCCAGCGAGCGGCGGAGCAGAAUGUCAGCGGCACUCCCAGUCGCCCAGAGGCGCCUCCCCUUGACGGGGAGUCCCUGCACACGCCACAGGUGUACCCGCUGGAGGCCCCGGCUCCACCUGGUAACCCGGUCACCCGGAGCGACAGCUGCAGCAAUGUGGAUGUGGAGCAGCUGCUGGCCAGCACAGGGGACACUCCACCCGAGGUGGACACCCCAGAGGGUCCACCGCCGCUGCAGUUGAUCCAGCCGCAGCUCAUCACCUGGGUGCUGCCUGCCCAGUCAGUUGCAGUUCCCCUCGCCGCAACGGAAUCCCACAGGAGAAUUCGCCCCUACAUCCUGCCCAAGCCCACGGCGAACGAGGGGCCACCCAGGACCAGUAGGAGACCCGAGCCCAUACUGGUCAGCCAGCCUGCCCACGAGCCCAGUAGCGCCAGCCUGACGCCCACUUCACAGCUGCCCAUCAAGGAGCGACUAAAGGCCAUCCUGCACAGCAGCAACAACAACAGACGCAACUUCGCCACUCCGUGCAAGGCGGCGAAGGCGAAGGAUCGCAGUCGGGACGAGGACUGCAUGGAGCGGCGGAGGGCAGCCGCCUCCCGCUACCGCAACAAGAUGCGGAACGAGCACAAGGAUCUGCGCAAGCAGAACGCCCAGCUGCAGCAGGAGAACCGGGAGCUGCACGAAAGGAUCGCCAGGCUGGAAAAGGAGCUGCAGCAGCACAAGAGUCACAGCGUGGCCAACCAGCUGCAGAUACCUCCAUCCAGCAUUCACCUGCUCAUCAAUGUGCCCAAUAUGUUGGUGCCCAGUGCGGAUAAAAAGUAAUCGACGUGCCUUGUUUAUCUAUCUAUGUUCCAGUGCCAUGUAAAUAAUCCUAGCUUAGACAAUUAUCUGUACAGAAAGGCCUCAAUAAGCUAAUAGUUAAGAAAGAUUGCCCCUAGC